AUGUUUACUCUGCAAAGCGAGGAUAGCUCCCAAGCUACGUUCCGGCGGCUCAAGGUUUCUUGCGUACCACUACUUGGAAACUCCCUACUAACUCCCUCCUCGAUAUCGACAGUCUCCAAGCUUCUUACCGAUCUAAUUGCGACUUUGCACGAUGUGCAGUCUGUUGGCCAUGUCCUGCGACCCGCAGUCAUCUCCUACGUGUUCUUCCCCUUAUCCUCCAUUCUAAGGCGUAAUGCCCUCUCCACUAUUCCAGACCAAGUCAUUGAGAAGAUCCUGAUAAUCCUUGGAAUCUUAUGUGAGAGUUGGUGGUGGCACUUCGACGAGACUAUCUGGGAGCAGAUCUUCAUGUUAUGCGGUGCCAUCCUUGGAGGAAUAGACAGCAAAGGAAAGGGAAAAACACGGGAUGAUGAGACGAAGGAAGCUGCCGCAUCUUGCUUGUGGGUGCUUCUACGAGACCGAUCGCCCGAAGAAGAUCCCUUGGGUGAAAUUCAGCCUCCCCGUGCGGCGUCGAUAUCUGCAAAGUUCCGGUCUCAUGCGCAAACAAUGACAUUCAUCCCUGUCCUUGGCCAAACGCUCAACUCCCUGUUAUCGACUUCCGAGUCCGUGCAUCUCCCGCUCCAACGGACGUCGCUCAAAGUCUUGGCUAUACUCGUCGAAGAGUACCUUCCAGAGGACUUCGUGCCAUCCGUGCUGCCCGGCGUUGUCAGUACAACCAGCAAGGUUGCGCUCGGAAUUGGGGUUACGAAAGGCUGGGCGAAUGGAGAGAUUGUGGCUGCAGCACUGCUUGUCAUGCGAACUGUCAUACUGAGGUCAGCCGGAGACGCUGUCUGCGUCAGACACGGUGCCGUCAAGGGAAUCAACGACUUGGAAGAUCUCGCUAACUUAACGGACACGUCGGACACACAACCCUCAUCGACCUCACGCGCUUCACCAUAUGCCACUCUGCGUACUCCUAGUUGGCUGCGAGGCACCGCGUCUCAAUUGCACAUUUCCAUGAAUGCUCUCACACCAUUAGUAAACCAUCCGACCCCUGCAGCUCUUCUAGCUCUGUCUACCUUCUCAGAGACCGUCCUGUCGGCGACAACUCUUACCGUGCCUCAGUCUCAGCCGCUUCUUUUGUCCAUACUUCUCUCCCUUUCCCGCUCAUCGUUCCCCACAGUCGCUGAUCGGUCCCGAGAAGGCCUCCGACGGCUACUCAUGCCAUCGAGCAGCUCGAAGCACGCCCUUCUGCUAGUUAUGAUGCAAGUCUCGAGAGAUAGCCUGGCCUCCCUGCCUCGUUUGAUCCAAAUGCACGCCGAUCAAAAAGUAGAGCACAUUGCUGGCCUUAUCGAAAGCGUUUGCCGUCUCGGAACCACAGAAAAUGACACGGAACCUGGCAUCCCUGCCAUUGCUUCGGGUGUGGGCAAGCUCCUCGGGCCCACCGGCGGCAUUGAGAAAUGGGGUUGGAGUUUGCUGUCAGUACUUGAACUAGUCGAUCCGCCCGCUAUGGUGACCAGCGCAGCUGUGACGUCUUUGCUGCUUGAGUCCGACUCGGGCUCUGUUGAUUGGGUUCCGUUCCCGGAGCUUCCACUUAGGCAUGUUGUCCAGCAAGGGGCGCAUCUCACGCUCGAGCAAAUGUUCCGCUCGAUGGGCCUUGCGGCUGGCCAAGACUGUUUGUUCGCAGUGGAUUGGUUUCUGACCGUGGGUCAGAGCGGACGUAGUCGGCGGGCUGUGGCCGCGCUGUGGUGCGCAUGUAGACUCUUGGAAGGUGUCGGACGGGUGUCCCUUACAGAUCAAGAUGCGCAGAAUCUGCCAUUGGUCCCAAGGAACAAGAGGCUGGAAAAGCUCGCGCGGGGUCUUUCAAGACAAUUAUGCGAAUCGUGGAUGGAUGUGGACGAGGAGCUGCCUCAGCAACAAGGGACAGAUUCGAAGGAGGCAGAAGACGGUGUCAUGGUCGAGCACGUCAGAGGUCUAGUCAACAUCCGUGCAGUGGGCAAUUAUCGGCCGGCCAGCUUUCGUCCGCCUGCUUCACAGCCUCUGUUAUACCAGGCCAUUUGUCUUCAACUCUUGUCCAUAACGGCGGGCAUACUCGAGGCUAGGUUCGCGCCCCUUCUACUUUACACGCUGUACCCUGUCCUGCGCUCGAUCGUCUCUGAGUCCUCCCUUGUCUCUGCCACUGGGUUGGCAGCGCUGCUUUACAUCACUCGCAGCACGUCCUACGCUUCUCCAGCGAAUUUGUUGCUCUCCAACUUCGACUAUGUGCUCGAUGCUGUCUCACAUCGCUUGAGCCGCCGAUGGCUGGAUGUAGACGCAACCAAAGUGUUGGUGAUUCUGGUCCGAUUGGUCGGCCCUGACGUCGUCCAGAAGGCAGGAGAUGUUGUCGAAGAAUGCUUCGACCGUCUCGACGAGUAUCACGGAUAUGAAGUUAUUGUUGACGGGCUCAUUGAGGUGUUGACGGAAGUCGUUAAAGUGGUGGAAGACGUCGAAGGUCAUCGGACCGUCCAGCCUGUCAGAUUCGACGGUCGGACGAAUGCAACAAACAAUACUGAUGCCCUCCAGGCGUUCAUGGACUGGAUUCAUCACAGACAUGAGCAUGUUCCUGUCGAAGAGGAAGAGACAGCGGAUACUGUCGGCGAAAAGGGGCCGGGCGUGGAGCCGGAGCCGGAGCCGGAACUACCAGAAACGCCCUCUCAAACCCUGACAAAGCAGAUCGUUUCGCGGUCGCUUUACUUCCUCACGCAUAGCUCCCCCUUAAUUCGGGCUCGGAUCCUUCUGAUGCUCAGCGCUGCCGUCCCCGUGUUGCCUGAGUCAGCGCUACUUCCGUCUAUUCACCACGCGUGGCCAUUUAUCCUGAAUCGGUUCGCCGAUCAGGAGCCGUUUGUGGUGAGCGCUGCAGCGUCCUUGGUGGAAUCACUUGCCAUCCACGUCGGGAGUUUCAUGUAUCGCAGAAUAUGGGAUGACAUAUGGCCGCGUUUUCGCGUAACUUUGCAGAGGUUGGCCAGCGCCGACGCCGGUAGCGCGCUAGCGAGACGGGGACCUGGCGCCGUAGGCACGGAGUCAGCGUAUACGUACUCUCAUCGGCUAUACAGGUCCGUGCUGAGGACCAUGACGGCCGCGGUCAGAGAAGUGCAGCCUCAGGACUCUGCGAUAUGGGAAGUCAUCUUGCUGUGCAGGCGCUUCCUGCACAUUCAGGCGCACGAGGAGUUGCAGGCGUGCGCUCUGGAUCUGUAUAGGGCCAUUAGCUUGAAUAAUGAAGACGCUGUGUGGUUAGCUUUGUCUGCCACCGAAGGACAGAUUGAUGGCUCUGUGGAGUUCUUGAAGGAGACGAAGUGGGAUAUACGUCAAAAUGCAGGUAUUCUAUUCUCAUCGUAG